GUCGAUCGUCAGAGUCUAAAGAGUGAAGCAGUGAAAAAGAAAAUAAAAACAAGAUUGCAUUGAAAAUUUAAAUAUAAAAAACAUAUUUUGACAAGUUCGUGGACAUAAAGAAGCCAAAAGAAAUAUAUUUUAAGUGUAUAAUAGUCCAUAAAGUACCAAAUUUUAUCAUGAGGAUCUUGUGGAUAACAGUGAUAUGCUGCCAAUUAUUUACAGUCAUUCCAUUCGUACGAUCUCAAUUGUGUCUAGCCGAUGACAUCAAAAGAAAUACGGAAUAUAAGUACAGAGCUAAGAAUCUUUAUAAAGGAUUAACAAUAUUCACAGCAAACUUCCUUGAAGCAAUGCACAAAGGCAAUCCAAAUGAAAAUCUAUUCUUCUCGCCAUUCAGUCUCUAUCAUGCAUUGUUGCUUGCUUAUUUUGGAAGUGCUAAUCAGACGGAAAAGGGAUUAAAAGAAGUUCUGCAGCUUCAUUGGGCUAACAGUAAAGCUGAUGUCUUUAAAGGAUAUCAAUUUGAGAAGAAAUAUCGUGAUAAUUAUGAAGCAAACUCAUCUGUCGAAUUCUCGUCCAUUGAUCGAUUCUAUUUUGAUGAAAAUAUCCAACUUAAUCCAUGCAUUGAGGAUGUUGUUGUGGACGAGACGAGAAAAUUGGAUUUUAAGAAUCAACCAGAAAACUCACUGAAGGAAAUUAAUUAUUUUGUAAAUGAAGCGACGAAAGGAAAUAUCCCUAAAUUAUUCGGACCUGGAGAUGUGAAUCAACAGACACAACUUGUCUUGGCUAAUGCUGCAUAUUUUAAAGGAUCAUGGGCAUCUAAGUUCGAUAUUAAAGAUACAAAACGAGAGAUUUUCUAUUCAAAACCUGACGAAUUACAUUUUGUUCAAAUGAUGAGCAAGAAUGGAUCUUAUAAUCAUGCUGCAAACGAACGUCUAGGCUGCCACGUUUUGGAAAUUCCAUAUGAAAAGUCUGAAAAAGUUAAUAUCAACAUGAUUGUCUUCCUGCCACCAGCUGUUGGUGAAAAUGCACUUGAAAAAGUCCUCAAUAGUCUUACACCAGAAGCAUUACAUGAAGCUCUUCAGGAUGGUUUCGAACGUGAAGUUCAACUCAAGAUUCCUAAAUUUUCAACUGAAAAGACCAUUGAGCUACUUCCUGUUCUCCGAAGAAUGAGAGUUGGUGAUUUAUUUGAUAGUUCUGCAAAUCUUUCGGGAUUCUCAACAGCUACAAAUCUUCACCUUGAUGAUGCAAUUCAAAAGGCUAAAAUUACAUUAAAUGAGGAAGGAUCAACAGCAGCAGCAGCAACUUCAUUAUUCAGCUUCAGAUCAUCAAGACCUGCAGAACCUGCAGUUUUCCAUUGUAAUCAUCCAUUCCUAUACAUGAUUUAUGACCAAAAUUCAAGAGCUAUUUUAUUUGCUGGAAUUUAUCGUGGACCAGACAAGAAUUAAGGAACUUGAUGGCAAAUUUAAUUAAUUAUAGUUUAGAAAUUGUUUGUGCUCGAGUGUGGCAAAUUGUGAAAAAAUUGUGCUGUAAAUUAUUUAAAACAGAAGUGAUGUGCAGACAUGAGCAAUAAGAAUGCUGUCUUAUGAUAUUAAAAAUUAAUAAAAACUGGUUGUGAAACCGCUGACAAAAAAUGUGAAAUAA